CACGCGCUGAUGGAAAGAUAUAAAGCAUGAAUACCACCACUGCUUGACACAAUCCAUCCGCCAUCCAACCACUUUCUAUUCACUCACUAUCUUUUUCACCAACUCUUCAAGAUGAAGUUCUCCAUUGCUCAGGCCGGCCUGGUGUCGGCCACCAUGCUUCUCGGCUCCGUAUCUGCUCAGACUUGCGACCUUCCCGCUAAGCCUCAAUGGUCCUCCACCACUGCUCUUGCUCAGCCCAAGAGCGGAUGGGUCGCCAUCAAGGAUUUCACCACCACCUUCUUCAACGGCAAGCACCUUGUCUACGCCUCUUACCAUGACAACAGCAACUACGGUGCCAUGAACUUCGGUCUCUUCAGCGACUGGUCCCAGAUGGCCUCUGCUCCUCAGAACGCCAUGUCCUCGUCCGCUGUUGCCCCUACUCUCUUCCACUUCGCUCCCAAGAAUGUCUGGAUCCUUGCUCACCAGUGGGGACCUACCACCUUCUCGUACCGCACUUCUCAGGACCCCAGCAAUGCUAACGGCUGGUCUGCUCCUCAGCCUUUGUUCUCUGGCAAGAUCACCGGAUCUUCCACCGGAGCCAUUGACCAGACCGUUAUCGGUGACAGCAAGAACAUGUACUUGUUCUUCGCCGGUGACAACGGUAAGAUCUACCGCAGUCAGAUGGCCAUUGGCUCUUUCCCCGGCAACUUCGGAACUGCUUCCACCGUUGUCAUGAGCGACACCACCAACAACCUGUUCGAGGCCGUCCAGGUCUACACCCUCAAGGGUCAGAACAAGUACCUCAUGAUUGUUGAGGCCCAAGGUUCCGGCGGUCGCUACUUCCGCUCCUUCACCUCCACCAACCUCGGUGGUAGCUGGACUCCUCACGCUACUUCCGAGAGCGCUCCUUUCGCCGGCAAGGCCAACAGUGGUGCCACCUGGACCAACGACAUCUCCCACGGUGAUCUCGUCCGCACCAACGCUGAUCAGACCUUCACCAUCGACCCUUGCAACCUCCAGUUCCUUUACCAGGGUCGUGAUGCCAAGUCUACUGCCACCUACGACAAGCUCCCUUACCGCCCGGGUCUUCUCACCCUCAAGAACCCCGUCAAGAAGUAAAUUUCUUCGGUGGAUGAAUCUUAACCUUCGUGGUGUGUUUUGUUUUGUGGAAAGAUCUUUGAGUGGUUGAAAGCUUUUGGCGGAUCGGAUCUUCUGGGUU